AUGAUGUUUGUUUAUUAAAUAAUGAAGAAGGUUUAGAAAAUUAGAGGUUUUGAAUUUUUUUAAAUUUCAUCUUUGCAUUUGAGUUUGGGUAACAUUAUGAGUUUGUGA